CCCGUUCGCCCUGGGUGCUUGCAUAUUGCAUCCUUCUGGCUGCCUGACUAACUGACCCGCCCGUCGUGCGGUCUGAAUACACUCAUUCAUUCACAGAGUACGUAUGUACAUGCAUACAUGCACAUAAUACUUACAUACACAUGUACAUACACCCACACACACCCACACACCCACACACACACACACGUAUGCAACAAUGAACGUACCCGCUCGCCAAGGGCUCCCGCGUCAGCCGUCAUCGUUGAUGCAGCCGUUUCAUGUGCCAUGCAGAUCCCCCAUAGCGCGACAAGGUACCACCACACCACAUCAUGCCCAUCACAAAGAUAAUACACACCAACG